AUGAUGGGUCGCCGCCGGGUACUCACAUACUAUCUAAUUUUAACCACAUUAGUCAUAAGUUUAUACUACUACAUAGGCAUAGGAGACUAUAUUAAUACUUUGAACAUUGAGGAUGAAUUCCAUUACCCUCUUGAUGUUGAUAUCAAACCACUCAUCGAAGAUAUGAAAGCCGGCAGAGAACCAUCUAUAGCACCCAUCAAUGUAUACCCUUACAAUUUCAUGACAACUAUAGAUAAAUGCCGCGGAAAACCUGUAGAUUUGCUCAUAUUGGUCAAAUCUGCUAUGGAACACUUUGAUCUGAGAACAGCCAUCAGAGACACAUGGGGCAAAGAAAACAACCUCAUGGAUGAAACUGUAAGAGUAUUGUUCUUUUUGGGUGUGACUGAUGAGUCCAACUCAGCACUGCAGAAAAAGGUUGAUCAAGAAAUCACAUUUUACAAUGACAUAGUACAGAUAGAUUUUAUUGAUGCAUAUUACAACAAUACCAUAAAGACAAUGAUGGCCUUCCGUUGGGCGUACGAUCAUUGUGAUGAAGCCAGGUAUUACUUGUUCUCUGAUGAUGACAUGUACAUUUCUGUGGCAAAUCUUCUUGAUUAUACAAACUUCCAUGAAAGAUCUGCUUACUCAGUUUAUGACGAUGCAACAAAGGCUAACACAGUUGAUACUGACAAGAGCAAAGCCUUGUUUGCUGGUUUUGUUUUUAAGUCUAGACCACACCGGUAUCUUGGUAGCAAAUGGAGGGUAUCCUUAGAUGAGUACCCGUGGAACAAAUGGCCACCAUAUGUGUCUGCUGGUGCAUAUGUGGUGUCCAAUAAUGCUCUGAAGACUCUGUACCUUGGGAGUAUGUUUGUGAAGCACUUCCGUUUUGACGACAUCUACCUUGGAAUUGUAGCUAAGAAAGCUGGUGUAACACCUGUGAUGUGUGAAGAAUUUUACUUCUAUAAAAAAUCACAUCCUAUGACCUCCUACAAGAAAGUGAUUGCAUCUCAUGGGUUUGGUGAUCCCAAGGAACUGAUAACUGUCUGGAGACAUUGGAACUGA